AGCUGCCACGUAAUGUUGUGUGUGCCGUUCGUUCGUUCAUGAAUCGCUGCUAUUAGGAUUCAUCUUGUGGUGCUGCGUGGAGGCGAACGGCAACGAGGGCGAUGCACGAGCCUGCGUCUAUCCGUUUCUAAUUUUUGGCUACACAUUAGUACGAAGUGAAUUGUUAAAGCAACAAAAUGUCACAGUCAAGCGGUUACCAGUAUCCAUUGUACACAGAUUCUAACAAUCCUUUGAAAAAUGAACCACCUCCUAUAGUAAAUGGUCAAAAUCCUGCAUCUCAGCAAAAUGGAAUGCAGUCUCCUCAGUUCAAUCUAACUGGUACACCAUCAUCACAGUCGUCGCGUGAUCCAUCCAGGGAGACUUCUAGAGAUCCAUCACCAACUCAAUAUCUUCACAACCAAUAUCGGCCUCAGUUGCCACGACCGCCAAUGUCACCAAUAAAUAGACGUCGGAACGCUAAUGUGUUGCCUCCGCCACCUAGAACAUCACAACCUUAUAGUCCUGCAAAUCUCUAUAAUGCUCACAGCCAGAAUGUUGCUAGCACUCACGAGAACAUUGCAGUCGGUACAUCUUCAAUCGCCUUUGUGUCUCAACCUAGCCAAGAAAUUCAACAUCGACCCAUGAUUCCUUCAAAUCAGAUGCCUCCAAUAGCAAAAAAUUUGACUCCAGUGUCUGCACCAUCAACGUUUGCGGAUACUAUUAAACCAGAGCCAGCUAAAAUGAACCAAAGCUAUCAAUGGGCAACUAAUCCCCCACCUACUAACAUUCCGCAGGGUACUAUAGGCGUUCCUGGUGUAUCCAGUAGCAUUGAUAAGACUAGUCAUGUCUCAACGGAUCAAACUACGGAAAGUCAAACAUCCUUUGCUAGAGUAAAUAAGAUUUCGGCAUACAAUCAAGGACAUUCUAUCCCUCCACCCGCAUCCAAUGUUAAUCUACCUCCUUCGAACGUCACUCAUUUAAAUCAAAACAGUUAUGUACAGCAAGAACCAGUGAGUUCUGGUAUACAACCACCAAGGACUCAAAACAUUCAAGCACAAUCAACGAUUAGUCCUGAAAGCUUAAGUAAUCCACAACUCAGAUAUGGAAGUCAACAGAAUAUAUCCAAUGCAUCGUCAAUGCCAAAUUCAAGCACGCAAAAUUUAUUCUAUAAUGCACAAGCCCAUAAUGUAGGCCCACGAAAUCUUCAUGAUUAUAGUUCUCAACCUAUGAAAUCUCAAAAUUUACUUACUGGUUAUAUGGAUCCUACGGGAUUGGGAAGUAAUUGUCAAGGUCAGAAUAUACAUCAAAAUUUAGCUGGUCAGAGGAAAUAUCCGCAACAAGACACUGCCAAUACCAUGAUGCUACCGCCUUCAGGAGGUAAUCAGUUACAAGGUGCAAGAUUACCUCCAUCAGGAAUACCUCCUCUUCCAGGACUGCAGACGUAUGACUCUCGGUCGCAAUAUCCUAGCCCAAUGACAAACGUACCAUUAGACUCGUCUAAUAGAAGGUAUCCCAAUAUGUACCCAGACCAAUUAAAUCAAUUAAAUAAUCAGAUGAGCAAUUUGAACGUCACACAAGUUGGCUACAACAAAAUAUGGGGGAUGGAAUCGAUAGAUCUCUUGCAAUGCCGAAAUAUACUGCCACCUGAAAAAGUCGAACCACCAAAGAUCAAGUUAAAUCAGGAAUUCCUGGAUUCCGUAAAUUGUAAUCCUGACAUAUUCAGGUGUACAUUAACAAAAGUCCCAGAAUCGAAUUCGCUUCUACAGAAAUCAAGAUUACCAUUCGGCGUACUAAUACAUCCUUUUAAGGAUUUAAACCAGCAUUUAGCAGUGAUUCAAUGCAAUACGAUCGUGCGUUGUCGAGCUUGCCGAACAUAUAUCAACCCGUUUGUGUACUUCGUCGAUUCGAAAAGAUGGAAAUGCAAUCUCUGUUUCAGAUUAAAUGAACUUCCCGAAGAAUUUCAAUUCGAUCCUGUGACAAAAUCGUACGGCGAUCCAUCACGACGGCCGGAAGUGAAAACCGGCACGAUAGAGUUUAUUGCGCCAAGCGAGUACAUGGUCCGUCCACCUCAGCCCGCUAUCUAUCUCUUUGUCAUGGACGUUUCUCGUCUUGCGGUAGAAAGUGGGUAUUUGCAGAUAGUUUGCAAUACGAUCACCGAUGAACUGUCGCGUCUCCCUGGCGACAGCCGCACUCAAAUCGGUUUUCUUGCUGUUGAUUCUACUCUGCACUUCUUCAGCAUGCCCGAUAACGUCUCGCAACCACAUGAAAUGGUCAUGCUAGAUAUCGACGAUGUGUUUCUACCGUGUCCAGAAAACCUAAUUGUAAAUCUGAAAGAACGUGAGGAGCUUGUUCGUGAUCUUCUCGCCCAGCUUCCUAUCAAAUUCUGUGGCACUCAUGAUACUAAUAGCGCUCUUGGUGCUGGUCUUCAAGCUGCCUACAAACUCCUCGCUGGUGUUGGAGGACGUAUCACCGUUUUUCAAACGUGUUUGCCUAAUAUUGGUCCAGGGGCCUUGCAACCGAGAGAAGAUCCCAGUACUAGAGUGAACAAAGACGUGCCACAUCUUAAUCCCGCAACAGAUUUCUAUAAAAGAUACGCUCUGGAUUGCAGUGGACACCACAUUGCAAUUGAUCUAUUCUUAUUGAAUAGUCAAUACAGCGAUCUGGCAACUUUAUCAUGCAUGUCAAAAUUUACGGGUGGUUGCAUUUACCAUCUGCCACUGUUCCGAGCAUCGAAGUUACAGAAUAGUGAAACUUUAGAAAGAUUACUUCGUCGUUAUUUGACGAGAAAGAUUGGCUUUGAAGCGGUGAUGCGGCUUCGUUGUACUCGUGGUCUCAGUAUUCAUGCCUUCCAUGGCAGCUUCUUCGUUCGAUCGACUGAUCUCCUCUGCUUGCCAAAUAUUAAUCCGGACGCCGGUUUCGGCAUGCAAAUCUCCAUCGAUGAAAAUCUUUCCGAUGUGCAGAGUGUAUGCUUCCAAGCGUCUCUUCUGUAUACUUCAAGCAAAGGUGAGCGAAGAAUUAGAGUACACACUCUAUGCCUGCCUGUGGUGGCAAGUCUAUCGGAUGUAUUGCAUUCUGCAGAUCAACAAUGCAUAGUCGGUUUAUUAUCAAAAAUGGCUGUUGAUCGAUCGCUUCAGUCAUCUUUAUCAGAUGCAAGAGAAGCAUUAAUAAACGUCGCUAUUGACAUCUUAUCCGCGUACAAAUUAGCACAAUCUUCGAGCGGAGGAGGACUUAUUGCUCCAGGAAGUUUAAAGCUGUUGCCAUUAUACAUUAUCGCAUUGUUGAAAAGCAUAGCAUUUAGAUCCGGCACGAGCACGCGUUUGGAUGAUCGCAUAUUCGCUAUGUUUCAAUUAAAGACAUUACCGUUAGCACAACUGAUACAGGUGGUUUAUCCUGAUUUGUAUCCCGUUCUCAUGCUUGAUGACCGCAAUGCAAGGGACAUUGACGGCAAAGUGUGUCCACAACCGCCUCGACUUAAUUUAUCUGCUGAGAAAUUCGACAGCCGGGGCAUCUUUCUUAUGGAUGCUGGCGAUAGAAUCUUUAUUUAUAUUGGCAAGAAUAUCAAUCCAAUUUUCUGUACAAAUAUAUUCGGCACUUCGGGAUUUACAUCUAUUCCAGAGGAAAUGUACGAAUUACCGGAAUUGGAUACAGUAGAAAGCGAACGGUUGCGAAACUUUGUAUUUAGUUUACAAGAGGAAAAACCAUACUACGUACCUGUACAAAUUAUCAGGGACGAUAGCCAUUUUAGGACGUUAUUCAUCGAACGAUUGAUAGAGGAUCGAUUCGAAUCUGCUCUUAGUUACUACGAGUUCUUACAACAUCUCAAGACGCAGGUGAAGGAGUGACCAAGUUAAGGAAUUUGUGCAUGAGACCAACUCCUGCCGAAGUGUUAAUCAUCGGGUGAUGGAAUCAUCGUAAAACAAUCGCACAAUUAAAAAAUUGUGCGAUCCGUUAUAAUUCAUUAAUUGAUCAUGGGUCAUUCGGGAUAUUUUGGGACAUGUCGCGUGAUUCAAGAUCUACUUAUGCAGCAGUGACAGCCUUAAUGAAAGACACUGACACAUUUAAAUAAUAUGAUAGAUUGUAUAAUUAUUGUUAUUAUUAUAUUAUAUUAUUGGUUAUUUACCAUCGGUAGCUUCAUCAUAUAGACUUGCGUUUUUGUUGCGCGUAUUCACUUGGGUUAAGCAAUUUCUUCAACUCGUCCAGUAAAUAAUAUGUAAUUUUUUAUUAUUUUGUGUUAUAUCUACAACAGUUUUAAUCUAUGAGAUUUAUUUGUUCAGUAGGAAAAUCUUUUUCACAAUAGCAGUAAUUCAUUGAAUAGCAUCAGCAUGACGAUCAUAGUCGAUUUCCUCUAUUCUAGAAUCAUGGGAUCGAGCUUUUCUUUUAUUCUAAGAUAUUAGUAGAAAUGCCAAUGUCCGCUGUAUUUUACUUGCUUUCUUAUCUACUCGCGAUUAUGUGGUAAAUGCAAAAGCGAGAGAGAGAGAGAAAGAGAGAGAGAGAGAGAGAGAGAGAGAGCGCAGUGAAAAAAGAAUCUUAUGUUAGAGGAAAACAGUUGACUUGAAGUAGAAGAAAUCGACUAUUUUUUGAUGAAGUUUGUAUAGAAUAUUUUUUUUUAAUUAUGUUUCUGCAUUCUUUCAAUUUCUAUGUCGAAAUAUCGCAAUACGCAAGUGUUCUUACCUUAAAAAAAAAUACCAUCUUCAGAAAAUCUUGAAAAAUAUUAGUUACGAGUAAUUAUAUGCAAUAGAAAUGGAAUUAAAUAAGUGCAAUUUUGCAUUUGCAGUAUAAGUAAUAUAAUAAAUGAAGAUGCUUGCAGGCUGAGUGUCGCCAAACGAAGAUGUGGUGAUAAGUAAUACGCUCCUGUAAUUUAAUCACCUGCAGGCAAUAAAACAUACGAAGAGGGAAUAGUAACAAAACUCGUGAAAAAAUUAUAUUGUCAGUCACUAUGUCAUUCCUUAGACGAUGACAUAUUGUUAAUUAAACAUUGUAAAAUUAAACUUUGCAGUGAGUAAAAGCGUAAUAAAUAAUUUCGAACAGUCGACGAACAUUGCAAUUAAAAUAUCGUUUGAAUUGCAAUUGAAUUAAGUAAUUGUAAAAAAAAAAAUAUAGGAAAGGACAGAAUGAUUUCGCGCUAAUGUAAAAUAUGAAUCGAUCGUUCGAGGCGUAUAAACUCGCCUAUAAAGGACUCUAUAACAAAAUAAAAUAAAUAAUGGUAAAUAAUAGCACUAGCAAGUGUUAAGAAAUAAACAAAUGAAUAUUGUAAAAUAAUCGUACUACUCGUACUUUGUCAUGCUGCCAAACGAAUUUCUCCGGCGUAGUUCUUUUCUCACCAUUUUACGAUCCGCCGAAGUUAAAAGUAGCGUGUGACUUAGUUUAUUAUUUAAUAAUUAUAUAUAUGUGCAUAUAUAUAUAUAUAUAAUUAUACGGGAAGUAAAUUGUACAUUCGUUGUUAUUUUCUUUACCAUCCCCUACCCGUGUAUACCGUUCGA